CGCGGAUUGUCCACCAUCUCAGCGCUUCGGGCGGUGUCACGUCUUAUCAUUUAUCCCCCUAACAAACAACUAUUUACCAGUGGAUACUGCUUUCCCUGGUUUGUCAAGAGGACGGACAGAUUAUCCUCAUCUCUGUCCUGGGUGUGGAUUACUGAGCAUUUCCAGUUUGUAACUUCUUCUCACCAUCUAUCAUUUUAAAGGGAUGAAACGGAAAAGAGCAUAUAUCCUUCACCAAAGCAAUGAGUGAGUCAUCGGCCUUUCACUCAGCAAAGCUUGUGUCAUUGGCGCGAUCUCUCUCUGGGUUUGGACUCGAUGCCGCCAAUGGAGGACCUGUCACCCCCCCUGACAGCAAUGAGCCCCCACCUCCGGAAUCUGGUAUUGAUCUUGGACCUGGACUGUUUUUUGCCGAUGGCAAGAGAAAAGUGGACUAUGUACUUUGUUACAAAUACAAAAAGAGGCGGAGUUCUAAGCCCCGUUUGUCCAUUUCAUCCAACGGGCAUUUGCCAAUAAUUCUACCAAUUCGACUGGAGCCAGAAGCAGAAUCUGGGGAGGCAAGUGGAGCAGCAGGAGAUGCAGAAGACUCAAAGCUCUCUGAGGAGGAGAAGGCUCUGAUGAGGGAGGAGUUUGAAGCAGGACUGCUGGAAGCUGGACUACAGAUUGAACGUGACAAAGAAAAGUUAAAUGGCAUCAGCUUUAUUCGACUGCACAUCCCGUGGUCAAUUCUCAGUCGUGAAGCAGAGUUACAGAAGAUUAAGGUUGCUGUGAAAAAGAAAUGUGAAUUGCGGAAAAGGACAGGCAUCGCUGGAAUUUGGGAUACUGUCAUCACCCAACUGAACAGACCAUUUCAGCCAGAUGUUCCCGACAAGGACAUCCACAAAGACUCGCAGUCACGUGUCCAUUUCAAAACCCUCAAACACUCAUUCAUCAGAGAUAAGCUCCACCUGUAUGACAUCAAGUCAACAUCAUCUUUAUUUGACAAUGCAACACGGAGCAGAAUAGUUUCUGAGAUUAUUUCACGCACUACCUGCACGCGCACCUGCCAAACCACAGGCAUCAACUCAUUACUGGCUCAAGGUGUUUACAUUUCUGCAUUCCCUCUGCACGAUGGUUCAUUCACACGGAGAGGAGGAAAAGAUCAACGAAAUGACAGACAGCUGCUCCAUGAAGAAUGGGCCAACUAUGGAGCCAUGUUCAAAUAUCAGCCUGUUGACCUGAUCAGGAAGUACUUUGGAGAGCAAAUUGGGUUAUAUUUUACCUGGCUGGGUGUUUAUACCCAGCUUCUCAUUCCACCCUCUGUGCUGGGCAUCAUUGUCUUUCUGUACGGCAUAUUUACCGUAGAUACCAAUGUGCCAAGUCAGGAGACAUGUGAUGACAACCUGAACAUCACAAUGUGUCCACUGUGUGAUGCAGUGUGUGAUUACUGGCGUCUAAGUUCAGUGUGUUCACUGGCCCGAGCCUCAUACCUGUUCGACAAUGGAGCUACUGUUCUCUUUGCUAUCUUCAUGUCCCUGUGGGCUGCUUGUUUCCUUGAGCACUGGAAGAGGAGACAGAUGUGUCUGAAACAUUCAUGGGAUCUGACAAGCUUGGAGCAUGAGGAGGAGCGAGUUCAGGAAGCAUAUUUCGCUCAGGAUGAACUGAGACCGGAAUAUGAAGAAGCUCUUCAGGAGAAGAAAGCUAAAUUGAAAGCACAGGCUAAAAAGAAGCUGGCUCCAGCUGGAGAAGGUGUAGAUGGAGAAACUGACCAGAUGCUGGCGUCCCAGCCAGAGCCUGAGUCCUUGGACAUUGAGGAUCACCUGUCAGGUUAUUUCAUCAAUGUGUCCACCUUACUGCUGCUGAUUUUUGUCACCUUUUCUGCAGUGUUUGGAGUAGUAGUUUAUCGCAUUUGCAUGCUAAGUGUGUGGUCCAUGAACCCUGAUCCUGAAGCCAAGGCCAGUGUGAGGAUGACCGUCACCACCACAGGCAUCAUCCUCAACAUGCUGGUUGUUCUGGUAUUGGAAGAGGUCUAUGGAGCAAUCGCUGUGUGGCUGACCGAGCUUGAACUUCCUAAGACAGAGGAAGAGUUUGAAGAGAGGUUAAUCUUUAAGUCUUUCUUUUUGAAAUCCAUGAACGCCUUUGCUCCUAUUUUUUAUGUUGCCUUUUUCAAGGGCAGGUUUGCUGGGCGGCCCGGUGAUUAUGUUUACGUCUUUGGAGACUAUCGCAUGGAGGAGUGCGCUCCUCCAGGCUGCCUCAUUGAGCUGUGCAUCCAGCUCAGCAUGAUCAUGCUUGGAAAACAGCUCAUUCAAAACAACGUCUUUGAGAUUCUCAUUCCUAAAAUGAAAAAGAUGUACAGAACGAUACAAGAAGAAAAAGGAAAGAAAAGAGCUGCGGAAUAUCAGGAGAAUGAAACUGAAGAGAUAAGACCGAAACAACAGUUUGACAAAGAUUUUGCUCUUGAACCAUUUGAGGGUGUUAGUCCAGAGUACAUGGAGAUGAUUAUCCAGUAUGGAUUUGUGUCUUUGUUUGUGGCUUCCUUCCCGCUGGCACCAGCAUUUGCUCUGCUCAACAAUGUCAUUGAGAUUCGCCUCGAUGCCUCAAAAUUUGUCAGUGAGAUCCGCCGGCCCGAUGCAGUCAGGUGUAAAGACAUAGGGAUUUGGUACAACAUUCUCUGUGGAAUCAGCAAGUUCUCUGUCAUUACCAAUGCAUUCGUCAUCUCCUUCACAUCAGAGUUUGUUCCAAGAAUGGUCUACCAAUACAUGUACAGUGGAAACAGCACCAUGAGUGGCUACACAGCGCACUCGCUGUCUUACUUCAACGUCAGCAACUUCCCUCCUGGCACAGCACCAACCACCACACUCAUCACCGGUGUCACCAUGUGCAGAUACAAGGACUACAGAGAUCCACCAUGGGCACCAGAUGCCUACACCUUUUCCAAACAGUACUGGUCUGUCCUUGCUGCCCGACUGGCCUUUGUAAUAUUCUUCCAGAACCUUGCCAUGUUCCUCAGCAUGCUGGUAGCUUGGAUGAUCCCAGAUGUGCCACGAUCGCUGCGGGAACAGCUGAAAAAAGAGAACAUGGCGUUGAUGGAGUUCUUGCUUGAACAAGACCAAGAAGCCUGUGCCAAAACUCUCUCCCAAAAACGCUCAACCCCCUGCUUUCCAGCCAAAAUAGACAUUGUAGUGGAGGAGGCACCAGAGGAGGAGGACGUGUGCCAAGUGGGGGAGAAAGAGGAAGAAGUGCGUGUUGAGAUCAGUCUGGAUGAACCCACUGGGUUUGAUACCAACCCAGAGGUUUAUAAGUCAUUUGAAGAAGCUGAAAAUAACAAGGAUGAUGGGCCAAGAGGUCAGGAGUGUGAGGAAGUUGGCCAGGAGGAAAGCAAAGAAAAGGUAGAACAUGGAGAAGUGAGUGAAGAGGUUGCAGGAGAAAAAGAGGAAAGUAUAAAGAGCAAUGAAGGUGAUGUUUAUGAAGCAAAGGCAGCUGAGGAGACCUUUACUGUAGAUCUGGACGCUUUUAUGAGUGAGCUGGGUCUGUUAGAUGACGAGCCUUCAUCAAGCAUGGCUGUGGAAAAGGAGCUUCCCCGCUCAGAAUCCAAAAAAGGUCAACAGAAAGACAGGGAACCUCCUUCCCGUCCCUCAUCCCAAAAAGGCUCGUCCCAGAGUCUUAAAGGCUCUAGGCCAGACAUUGCAACACAGAAUCUUGAUACUAGGAUGUUGACUCUAAUUGCUCCUCCUCCCAGAGAGCCAGACUCGAGAGUAAAAACCCGCUGCUCCACCCUUCCUUCCCAUUACAGAGGGGCUGAGGCUUGCUACAGCCUGCCCCGGCCCAGCCAAUCCACCAGCCUCACAAAGCUCCAGCAGCAUCCCUCGCUUACUCCCCUGGUUCCUUUGGGCUCCAUAUCCCCCAAACCAUCCUCUCCCUCACGCAGCCCCGUGUCCCUGUCAUCUCCACAGUCAGUAUUGACCCAACAGCCCCAAGCCAUAAGUGAAUUUUACAUGCUGAAAGGCCCUCCACCUCAGCUGCCACGUUCCAGGGGCAAAACACGCUGCUCCACUCUGCCUCCCCGACAGAAAGUACCCGGUCCCGGGGAGGCAGCCUCAAAGCCAAGCCAUUCUUCCAGCUGUGCUAAACUUGGAGACCAUAUCCCACCUUCAUCCAGUGAACUGAAGCGCAGUGACACUCCAGUGUAAGGAGCUCUGCAGAGCAACGAAUGGAGGCUGUAGACUGCAGAGGGAGGGGGAACCAGAUUAGCUUCUCCUGUUUGUGCCUGAGGCUGCAUCCCUUCUACUGUUCUCACCUGCAUACAGCUGGGCUUUAAAGAGAGACCAUUCAGAUCAAAUAGACUUCCUUUUUAUUGUUUCAAUCUUCACACAUGUAACACUAUUUAUAUCAAUUUUAUAUCAAUAACAGUUUUAGUGCUGAAGAGUUAAGAGAAAAGCUCCUCAGACUUUUUUUUUGCCAUGACCAAUAAAGACUCAGAUUGUUUUCUUUCAAUUUUACUUCAUUUGUGAAUGUUUGUUCAUUUUCAUAACACGCAUAUUUCAAAAGGCACUACAGUGUUGUUAUUUGCAUUCAUUUUGUAUUGUAACUGUUUUACACACAUGCAGCAAUGCUGCCGCGUAAAGAUGACAGCUAGAAUCCAGAGCUCCGCUUGUAGCUUUUGUUUAUUUUCAGUGGUUUUGAUAUUUGAGAGAUGUAAAAUUCUAAUUAAACAGCCACCUAUUUUUGA